CCCAUGCUCGGAUGGUCGCACACCCUCACUCUGUCAAGUCGUAUAUACAUCAACUGUGUAUGGCCACUUCAACCGGACACUUCAUCCUGACGUGAUCCCACGCAUACUUAACUACUACCUCCCGUAAAUUUCGCCCUGCUUCACCUUUGAUCCCGCCCAGACCCUCCGGACCCUCUCUUCUCGCAAUCAUCCACUGUUCUCCUCUCCCUACUGGACCAUCUUUCUUUACAAGUCCACCCCUGUCGUCUCAUCAAUAACCCCCACACCUUUGUUGAAGAGAUAGCUGCGUUGAUAUCUAUCGAGACGAGGACAUCGACCAUUUCUUUUACCCACCCACGGGUUUGUGGCCUGGGAUUGCCUUCCACGCCUCCAAUUCCCAAAGAGGGCACUGCUGGCAAGCCCUUUGGGCCGCGCCCUUUUCAAAUCUCGACUGGGUUCAACACCAGUCGAAUAAGGGUGUAGGGCCACUCAAGCCAUCGACAAGUAUCCAGGUCGACAUGGGGCUCCUCGAGGCGGCCCUGGAGCAUGUCUCCGCCAAGGGGAUCGUGGUGUGGCUCGUUGGGUCCUUCAUAGCCUACCUGACUGUGAGCAGGGUCAUCGAGGAGAUCAAGAUCAGGAGGCUCGGGUCUCAUGGCCCACCGAUGCAUUCCAAUCUGCCGUUCGGCAUCGACAUGAUAUACAGAACUGUAAAGGCGGCCAUGGCGCACAAGAACGUCGAAAUCUGGAUGUCGCACUUUAACCGGACAGGAGGGUGGACGGUCGAGGGCCGCAUGCUGACGCGGCGCAUCGUACUGACGGCGGACCCGGAGAACAUCAAGGCGCUGCUAGCAACGCAGUUCUCAGACUACGGCAAGGGCGAGCCCUUCCACCGAGAGUGGGAGCCCUUCCUGGGAGACAGCAUCUUCGCCACCGACGGCGACAAGUGGCACGCCAGCCGCCAGCUGCUGCGCCCGCAGUUCAUCAAGGACCGCGUCAGCGACCUGCACUGCUUCGAGACCCACAUGCAGACCUUCUUCCGCUGCGUCGCCAACGGCGGCGCCCUCAACGGCGAGGACCAGCCUGUCGACAUGAGCGCCGCCAACGGCCGUCGCCUGGACAUCAGCGACCUGUUCUUCCGCUACUCGCUGGAUGUGGCCACCGACUUUCUGCUGGGCAAGGAAGCCAAGUCCAUGACGACACACCGGACCGAGUUCGCCGACGCCUUCAACGAGGUGCAGCGCGCGCAAAACAUCAUCUCUCGCUCGGGCCCACUUCAGGGCCUGGUGCCGCGCAAGUCGUAUAACGCCGGGCUCAAGGUGGUGGAUAACUACAUCAAAAUCUACAUCGAGCGCGCGCUCCGGCUGUCGCCCGAGGAGCUGGCCACCAAGACCAAGUCAGACCAGGGCUACACGUUCCUGCACGAGCUGGCGUCGUUCACGCGCGACCCCAAGGUGAUACGCGAUCAGGUCAUGGCGGUGCUGCUGGCAGGCCGCGACACGACGGCGGCGACGCUGUCGUGGACCCUGUACGAGCUCGGCCGGCACCCCGAAUGCGUGGCGCGGCUGCGGGCCGAAAUCGAGCAGGUGGUCGGCUUCGACCGCACACCGACCUACGCCGACCUCAAGAGCAUGAAGUACCUCCAGAACGUUAUGAACGAGACGCUGCGCAUCUACCCGGCCGUGCCCUUCAACGUCCGCCUCGCGCUGACCGACACGACGCUCCCGCGCGGCGGCGGGCCCGACGGCUCGCAGCCGCUGCCAGUGCUCAAGGACACCCCGAUCGGCUACUCGACGCUGCUGAUGCACCGCCGCGCCGACCUGUACCCGCCCACGUCGGCCGCCUUUGCCGACCCGGCCGUCUUCAGCCCGGAGCGCUGGUCCGGCUGGCAGCCGCGGCCGUGGCAGUACAUCCCCUUCAACGGCGGGCCCCGCAUCUGCAUCGGCCAGCAGUUCGCGCUGACCGAGAUGGGCUACGUGCUCGUGCGCAUGUUCCAGCGCUACGCCCGCGUGGUCAGCCACAUGGCCGAGGUGGACGGCGGCACCCCAAGGCUCAAGGCCGAGAUCGUGCUACAGCCGCACGACGGCGUCACCGUCGCCUUUUGGGAGGACGGGGCGGAGAAGGCGUGAGGUGAAGGGAGGGGAACGGACAACGUGUGAUGUCCGUUUGGUCUGUCUGUCUGUCUGUCUGUUUGACAGUAUCAGCUAGCUUCGCUAGACUUCUGCACUGGAAUCCGCACGAGCUCUGCAUUGACAGAAACGCACCGGGUUGUUGUUGCAUGAACCUGGAUUGCAUGCGUGAACCCAUGAGCCAUGUCAUCAUCUGCGUGCUUGGUAGUUCCUGUAGGUAUGGCCGUGCGGCUGCCUCGUACGGGUUUCAUGCGGAACCAGCGGUGCGUGGUAGAAACAAAAAAUCAAAGGCUGUAUUGGACGCCAUGCAAGCGAUCGUGGCGGCAGGUCUCUAUCUAGAUCUAUAAAAGCAGGUAGGUAACGCUCAUCCUCGGCGCCUCUCGUCUGUUCCAUGCGUCACGCCGCAGCAACGCGUAAUGACGACAAGGAAC